CUCCCCCCCCCCCCCUUCUCUUAGCAACCAGGGCGGGCGACGAGGUUAGGCGAGGCUACGAGUCGGAGAUAGUGGCGAGUAUCUCUGAUUUGGCUCACAGUUGCUAAUUACAUCUGCCAGAAACGGGUAUUUGACGAACGCUUCGAUUUUUGUGAUUUCUGAUCGAGUGUUGAAAGCUGUGGCCGCGGAGAGGGAGCGGCUAACGGGCGGAGCAAGAGGCUACCGACCAUACAGAAACAAGGCAAGCGGCUGGUUUCGGGCUCGUGAAGAAGAAAAGGGACACUAUUCCAUUGCUUCAGUCGAUAGCGCAUUCCCACUUGCUCCAUGUAAUAGCGUGGGGUUGGUGAUCGUGGACAGUAUCGGCCAAGGGCAGCCCCGCAGAAGGGGGCGAGCUGUGGCCGUGCCAUGGUGGCGAGCAAGGUUACCGUCAGGGCAAGGAGUUGGCAGCAGAUAUGAUGUUAUUAACUAGAAAACCAGAAGGCCCAAUUACAGCAGCCAGGUUCGGAGAUGGACUGUACGACUCCUACAUGCGGUUAGACCAAGACAGAAGCCAGGAUCCCAAAACUGAGGUACUGAGUCCUUUAGGACUGCCACCUCUUGGCAAAUCUUUGAUUCUUGGUAACAAAUCUACAAUGAAGGACCACCAAGUUGGAAUACAUACCUCUACCAAGAUUCAGCAGUUAUUUGAGGACUGUGGUAAUAGAAGAAGCAGUGUUCCUCUUCAUCCUAGCCGUGGUCAAAGUGCUGAUAAAACUCUUCCUACACUUGCCAAGGACAAGACUUUGGAGAGUGCCCCAUAUGAAAACUCUGGCGAUACCUCAACUAAACCUGUUAAAAAUUGUCCCCUGACAUCAGAGCAAGCACUGAAGCAGUACAGGCAUGUGCUAGCAGAAUAUGAACUCAAAGAAAUAAACAAUUUUACUGAAAUUUACUUUGUAGGUGCAAAUGCCAAAAAAAGGCAGGGUGUUCAUGGUGGCUCCAACAAUGGUGGCUAUGAUGAUGACCAGGGUGGCUAUAUUCAUGUUCCCCAUGAUCAUCUUGCUUACCGAUACGAAGUGCUAAAAGUUAUAGGAAAAGGUAGCUUUGGUCAAGUAGCAAAAGUUUACGAUCACAAACUUCACCAACACUUAGCACUGAAGAUGGUUCGAAAUGAGAAGCGUUUUCACCGGCAAGCUGCUGAAGAGAUACGGAUUUUAGAGCACCUGAAGAAACAGGAUUCUAAUGGAAACAUGAAUGUUGUUCAUAUGUUGGAAAACUUUACAUUCCGAAAUCACAUCUGCAUGACCUUUGAACUUCUGAGUAUGAAUUUGUAUGAGCUAAUUAAAAGAAACAAGUUUCAGGGGUUCAGUCUUCAGUUGGUACGCAAAUUUGCUCACUCUAUUGUACAGUGUCUUGAUGCUCUCAGUAAAAACAAAAUUAUUCAUUGUGAUCUAAAGCCAGAGAACAUUCUCCUUAAGCAACAAGGACGCAGUGGUAUAAAAGUAAUAGAUUUUGGAUCUAGCUGUUUUGAGCACCAGCGAGUUUACACUUACAUUCAAUCACGCUUUUAUCGAGCACCUGAGGUUAUCUUGGGAGCUCGUUAUGGGAUACCUAUAGACAUGUGGAGUUUUGGGUGUAUUCUCGCAGAGCUUUUAACUGGAUACCCACUUUUUCCUGGGGAGGAUGAAGGUGAUCAACUGGCUUGUAUGAUGGAACUUCUGUCUGUACCACCUCAAAAACUUUUAGAUCAGUCCAAAAGGGCAAAAAACUUCAUUAACUCUAAGGGCCAGCCACGGUACUGUACUGUCACAACUCUUUCAAAUGGAACAGUUGUUCUGAAUGGGGGUAGGUCACGUAGAGGCAAAAUGCGUGGUGCUCCAGGCAGUAAAGACUGGGUGACAGCUUUGAAAGGGUGUGAUGAUCCUAUAUUUAUCGAUUUCCUAAGGCAGUGUUUAACAUGGGAACCUUCAGUUCGCAUGACUCCUUCUCAAGCUCUAAGACAUCCUUGGCUUUUUAAGCGUUUCCUUAAACCUACUAGCACAGAAAAGGCCCCACCUAAACGGAUAUCAGACCAUACAAGUACUUUCCCAGGGAUUGUUUCUAAAAUGUCUCCAACUGUUGGAGCAGCAAACAAACUGACAAAUCUCAUGGCAGAAUCAAAUGGACAUAUACCUUUACGCACUGUGUUACCGAAAUUAGUUAGUUAAUGCAUGUAAAUAAGGAUUUACAGAAUUAAGAAGAAAGUAAAGAACUACUUUAUAGUUUUAUCCUUAGUAAAGUAUACCACAAUGUUGUGGUUACUAGUUUUUCUGACUUUUAUACAGCUAUUUCUAUGUAAGAAAUAAAUGCAGUGUACAGUUUAUCAGGUAAUAUAGUUUACUGAAACAAUUCAACAAGGGCUUGAUCAAUUUCCUGAUGGUUCAUUUUUACAAUGUGUCCCACCCCUUCAGAAAACUUUCUGGGUCGAAGUUGCGAAACUGGAGCUGAAUUUGUAAUAUUGUUACAGUUUUUUUAUUGUUGGCAUCAGCAGAAUAACGGAAAAGAAAAUAGAUUUUUUUUUUUUUGUAGUUUUUUUUUUUGUAGUUUUACAAAGUCACACUACCUUUUCUGUUGCUAGAAUUGUGAAAGCUAUACUGUUAUAUUGAACCUGCCACAAAACAAGUCAAGAUGUUUAUAAAUGUGUAUGUGCAUGUGUGUCUGAAAAGACUGCAGGCAUCAUCACUCAGUGUACUUUGGGAUAAGGCAGUAUUUCUGGUGUGUUUAAGGUAGACCUCACAAACUUAUGGUGCAUGAAAUAUCCUCAUUACAUUCUCAUAUUUUGAGACCACGUAAAACCAGCUGUUAAGAGUGUUAGUAUGGGUACUUGUGAUUAUGAUUAUCUUCACUAGAAAAGAGGAAGGAAAGGGAAAAAAGUGAACUAUAUGUGACAUUUUGCUUAAAAGUUAUGCUGUUCUUUGUCGGAUCUUUAACUGGCUUUUCAUUCAGAACCAUGGGAGUGAUGUGUUGCGCUACCAACCCAUUUUUACUUGAAACCAUCUCAGUGUGACACCUGGAAACUGGCCAGAAGUCUGCAUUUAAGUUUUAAACAUUGUACAACUCUGCAUCAAGUGUAAAUUAGAUUAAUUCUUGGACGUUUGAUAGUAAGUCAAAAGCAUCGAGACAGAGAUUAAGUUCAACUCCAAAGGAACAUUUUUUAGCUUUCUCAAGUGACCAUUAUCCUUGGUGUCAUUUUUCAAGCAGAUAUACAACCUUUUUUAUAAAGCAGACUAUAGAAUAGUUGACAGUUUUGAGACCCAACAAAUUCCUGUUUUAAUUUAACUUUCAGUAUGCUUAUGCGCAGUCUGGCCAUUUUUUUAAGCUUCCAGCACUGUCACAAAUCUACAGUUAACCUAAGUCACUUCCCUGGGUCACACAAACAGACUUAGUGAUUUGCAGCUCUCCACGUAAGAAAAGAAACCAGAUAAUUGAGUGCUUGUGCAUGUGUAUGUAGGUGUGUGGAAAAUUGAAGGAGUAAUGCAUAACUGUGUAUACCACAGACUUAUGUUAUGAGGGAGUUCAGAACCCUCAGUACAUUUUAGAGGUUUUUGCUUGUUGUUUUAUUCUUGAUAUGGAAAAUAUAAGGCAGGUUAAAUGCGAGUUGUCUAUUUAAUUAAGCAUAGUAAGUCUUUGGCAAAAAAAGUAUCUGACAUUUCCUUUAAACAGGGAUUAUUAUGUUGAGUUGCAGUGACUAGCAUGUCCUUUUAACAGAGCUUAUUAUAGUGCAUUUCACUAAACAAGCAAAUCCAGACAAGGGAAAUGCAGCAACAGUUGAUAGUAGAAUGUACUUCACAGUUGUUGUAGAAGUGCAGUAUUGCCACUGCAAAGUUUUUAAGGUACUUUAAUACCCUGAAGAGUAAACUGUGACCCUUAGAAUGUAUUUGCCAAGUUCUGACUAUGCUUAACCACACUGGAGUAUGCUCACUUAUGGAAUGGUGUAACCCUCAUGUAGCAGACCCCAAGGUAUAAGUUUAGAGUCAACUGACGGUUGGAAAUAUGAUAAAAGAGGUAGUGCUGUUUUCUAUAAACUUUUUAAUGAUACGCUUUUAGACAUAAGGGGUCAUUGGAACAUUACAGUAGCUUUUAGACAGGAUUAUGUGUGUAUUCUUUUUAAAUAUUGUUACCCUAUUUCUCCCUUUUAUGAAAGCUACCUGUCUGCAAACAGUGUUUUGCUUAAUCUUGUUUUUAAGUCAGAGUUAAGAUGAAAUUUUAACUUUGGGGGGGGCUUCCAGUUUUUGUAAACCACUGAAUCCGAGGGCUCAGUACAUAACACUGUAUAGGAUUCUUCAGACUGUAGGAUUAUUGUUUCAGUGUCUUAUGUGUUCAGAACACAUUUCAGUAAUCACUUUCUAUCUCAUGCAAAGAAGCAGUGUGGCAUUUCCACAAGUUGUUAGCCUGAAGCAGAGUUUAGGGGUCUUGUGUCUUAAAUGCAUCUUUGUACUGGUUUAUGAAGCUGAGUCCUGGUUUUGAAUUUCCAUCAGCUCUCUGCAACGUAGUAUCCGAUAUCUAAGCAAGUCAUUUAAAUUCCUUGUUUUCAGAUUAUCCUUGUAAUAAUUGUGACUUUGUAUAUUUAUAAUGUUAAGUGAAUAAAAAAAAAAAAAAACUUUUGAAGGAGCCUAAAUGUAACUUGUCAAAAUGUUGACACUGCAAAUGUUUACCAUUUGUGAUAAUGUUGGAAGCUAUCGUUAUAAUGUCUGCAGUCUUAGAGAGAGUGAAAAGGACAAAAGGUAAAUCACCAUUUGUAACCAUACCUCAGUAACAGGUUAUUAGUGGAUAUUAUUUUUGAGAAACUUUUGGUUCCUUAACGAUGCUCAGUCGUGGGUCAUGUGUUGGUAUUUAACCCUGUGAAUCUUUUUUAGAGGGGUAAAAACAGACCAACUUAAAUGGUUUUAAUUCUGCUUUUGUAAUUAUAUAUUUAAUUGAUAUCUAAACUUGCUGGCCGAGUUGUCAGUGUCCUUCAUGGUUCUCUGUGUUCUUUGAAGAAAAUUAAAAUUUAAAGUAACAGCUUUUCAUGUUUUAGAAAACCACGUUGCCUCAGAUGUCCUUCAGUCGUGUAAUGCUGAUGUUUAAGAAUGAUAUGUGCAGUGUUGUUCCACAGUCUGUGCCCUUUUUUCUCCAAAUAAAAUGUCACCAGCUGGAAAAACAGCAUCAUUUUUUCCAAA